AGACGAGCCAAAUAAGCGAAGAAGAAGAAGCGGAGGGGCCGUUCGCGGAAGUGGAUAAAGUGAAGUCAUAUGACCAGGGAGCUGGGAGAUGUUAGCCCGAGAUGGAUAAAAGUGCGUGGAAACGGUGAAGAAGCCCGCAGGAACACGACAUGGAGGAGAUCAAACUGUCUCCUGACUACAACUGGUUCAGAAGCACCGUGCCGCUGAAGAGGAUCAUCGUGGACGAUGACGACAGUAAGGUGUGGUCGCUGUACGACGCCGGGCCCAAGAGCAUCAGGUGUCCCAUCAUCUUCCUGCCGCCGGUCAGCGGGACGGCCGAGGUCUUCUUCCAGCAGCUGCUGGCUCUGACCGGCUGGGGCUACAGGGUCAUCUCUCUGCAGUAUCCUGUCUACUGGGACCUGCUGGAGUUCUGCGACGGCUUCAGGAAACUUCUGGAUCACCUGCAGCUGGACAAGGUCCAUCUGUUCGGAGCGUCUCUGGGAGGGUUCCUGGCUCAGAAGUUUGCAGAGUGCACACACAAAUCUCCCAGAGUCCACUCCCUGAUCCUCUGCAACUCCUUCAGCGACACGUCCAUCUUCAACCAGACCUGGACCGCCAACAGUUUCUGGUUGAUGCCGGCCUUCAUGCUGAAGAAGAUCGUGCUGGGGAAUUUUGCUAAAGGACCUGUGGACCCAAAAAUGGCCGAUGCGAUCGACUUCAUGGUUGACAGGUUGGAGAGUCUGAACCAAAGCGAGUUAGCAUCGCGGCUAACGCUCAACUGUCAGAACUCGUACGUGGAGCCGCACAAGAUAAAAGACGUGGCUGUGACCAUCAUAGAUGUGUUUGACCAGAGCGCUCUGUCUCUGGAGGCCAAGGAGGAAAUGUACAAGCUGUAUCCCAACGCCCGGCGAGCGCACCUCAAGACGGGAGGCAACUUCCCCUACCUGUGCAGGAGCGCCGAGGUCAACCUGUACAUCCAGAUUCACCUGCGUCAGUUCCACGGGACGCGGUACGCCGCCAUCAACCCGGCCAUGGUGAGCGCCGAGGAGCUGGAGGUGCAGCGCAGCCGGCCCGCCGACGCCGACUCGGCAGACGAGCAGUGAGAAUACAUUUCCCAGAAGCCUCUGCUGCGUCCGGAGCAGCGGCGGCGGAUCUGAACGCGGCUCCACAUUUCAGACGUUUGAUCAGCGCUGUGUCAGCUGUGUUUUUUUUUUUUUUUUUUUUUCUACGAAGCUGAACAGUCAAUCAAGUUGAAUUGAUUAUAUUUGUACUCUUCAAAUGAAGCAAUAUUUUGAUAACGGCUAGUUGUACAGAGUGUAGUCGGCCGCUUCUGCUUUCCAACACGCCGCUCCCGUGGAACCAUGGGACGGAUGAUCGAAGAUGAUUUUGCCUUAUGUGAAACUGAUUUGAUAGAUGUUGCACUUUUGAAUUGCCUGAAUUUCAUGUUUUCCUCAAGUGUCUUUUUUCUUUUGUAUUGUUAGUAUUAUUAUCAUUAUUAUAAUUAUUAUUGUUACGAUGUUGGCGGUGAGCGGCAGGUUGCUGCUGACCGGAGUUAACACACUGGUGACAGACAGACAGACAGACAUGUAUCUGAAGCUGUUGGUGCAAUCAAAUAAAGUUGUUUCUUGAGCUUUUCCUCUGGA